ACAAAAGCUGCUAACAGGAGACGUUGCCAACGUUCAAUGUACGGAGAUGAUAAAAGUGAUCAGGAUAUUUGUGAGUGCAUGCCAAGCUGAUUCAGAACUUGAGCGUACUGUAUUGAUGGAGAGAGUGUUUCCAAAGCUACAAAUGCACUGUGCGAAAAAUGGGUUUGAACUUCAACUUGUAGAUCUUCAUUGGGGUCAUAGGUUAGAAGACAUGGAUGACCACAGCUUAGUGGGUUGUAGUCUUUUUGAAUUGAAAGAAUGUCAACAAAAAUCCAUUGGACCAAAAUUUAUUAGUUUUCUCAACCAGAAAUACAACUGCCAAUGUCCAUGUCAGAUCCCAGCAACAGCAUUUAAAAAACUUCAAGAGUCGAUAACAGACAGCACUGACAAACAGAUAUUAGAUGAAUGGUAUCGAAUUGAUACAAAUGCUGUACCACCCGAGUAUGUCUUACAACCAAUUAGUAGCCAAAUUAAGAAAUAUAAAGAUACAAAUAAAGAUGUUAGGUUACAAGCGGAAAAAGAAUGGAACAGCGUGCAAGACAGAAUCAAGAAAAUACUGACGAGCUGCUGGAGUAGAGAAGAGCAAGAAAGGUAUAUGGUAUCAGUGAUGGAGAAAGAGAUAAGGAGUGGACCUCUGGAAACUGAAGCAUCAUCGGACGAUAUUGUGUGGAUACGACGCGUGUUCAAAGACAUUGAGUCAAGCGUAGGGGACUCUUCCAACCGAUCGUACAUUGACACUCUGGGUGAAAACAACGAGAUAGAUGAAGUCAUACAAGAUAGGCUCAGUCAGUUACGAAAUGAAUUAGGUGCGAAGAUUAAUGAGGGUAAUUUUCUCAAGUUUGAGAUUUCGUGGAGCAAGAAUGGAGUUGAUCCAGAGGGCAUUUCUGAACAUGCUCAGUAUAUUGAUAGCCUGUGUAAUCAAAGUGAAGUAAUGUUGACGACACUUAUUGAUAAGGCCAUCAGUGAUUGGCAAGUACAUCAAGAUGAAGCUCCAGUCAAAA